AUGUCGGACCCCAUUGUCGAGGCCGUGCAAAAGCACCCUGCGCCUGAGGGUCUACAGUAUACGUAUGGAACCGCUGGCUUUAGGACAAAGGCCGAUGUCCUCGAUUCGGUCCUCACGCGCGUUGGUCUCGUAGCCGCGCUGCGAUCGCGUUCGCUAAAGGGAAAAUGGAUCGGUGUUAUGAUCACAGCGUCGCAUAACCCGCCUGAGGACAACGGCGUCAAGUUGGUGGAGCCGCUGGGCAACAUGCUGCAAGAAGAAUGGGAGGUCCUUAGCACAGAGAUGGCCAACAAGGCUAACGGAGAAGACGUGUUCAAGUUCUACCAGGACAUCGCCGCAAAGCACAAGAUCGACCUCAAGGCUCCUGCCCGUGUAGUAGUAGCCAGGGACACACGCGCUUCGGGUGCCCGAUUAUUGGGCUGCGUGCAGGACGGCUUGAAGUCUGCGGGCGCCGAGGUCAAAGAUUACGGCUUCUUGACCACCCCGCAGCUGCACUACAUGGUGCGGUGUCUGAAUACGGAGGGCACCAAGGAUGCGUACGGCACGCCGACCGAAAAGGGCUACUACGAGAAGUUUGGAGCGGCGUUCAAGACUGCGCUGAAAGGCAAGAAGCCGUCUGGUGGCUUGACGGUCGAUUGUGCGAACGGUGUGGGUGGCCCAAAGUUGGUGGAGCUCAUCAAAUAUCUCCCGCCCAAAGACGAUGCGCUGGAGAUCCACGUCGUCAACGACAAUGUCAUCAAGCCGGAGAGCCUGAACGUUGAUUGUGGCGCCGACUUCGUCAAAACCAACCAGCGUGCGCCUCCCUCCUCCAAGACCGGUGCCGGCGACCGCUGCUGCUCUCUCGAUGGCGAUGCCGACCGCGUUGUCUUCUACUUCAAAGACUCCUCCAACGUCUUCCGUCUGCUCGACGGCGAUCGCAUCGCCACGCUCGUUGCCUCCUUCCUCGGCGACCAAGUUCGUCUCGCUGGCCUCGCCGACACCAUCAAAAUCGGCGUCGUGCAAACCGCCUACGCAAAUGGCGCUGCAACGCAAUACGUCGAGCAGCACCUCAAGCUUAAGGUCGACUGCACGCCCACCGGCGUAAAGCACCUGCACCACGCGGCGGAGAAACUCGACAUUGGCGUGUACUUCGAGGCGAACGGGCACGGCACCGUGAUCUUCUCCACCGACACGCUCGACCAGAUCGCGAGGUACGAGCCCAAGAACCCCGGUCAGGCUGAGGCGUUAUCUGUCCUCCGUGCCUGCAUCGACCUCAUCAACCAAUCCGUCGGCGACGCCCUCUCGGACAUGCUCCUCGUCGAAGUCGUGCUCGCGCACAAAAAUUGGGGUCCCCAAGAAUGGCUCUCAACGUACACGGAUCUUCCCAACCGGCUCCUCAAGGUGCUCGUCAACGACCGCACCAUCUUCAAGACGACGGAUGCGGAGAGAAAACUUACGAGCCCUGAAGGGUUGCAAAAGCAGAUUGAUGCCGAGGUCAGCAAGGUGAGACAGGGGAGGAGCUUUGCGAGAGCGAGUGGGACGGAGGAUGCGGUGAGGGUGUAUGCGGAGGCGGCGACAAAGGCCGAGGCCGAGGAUCUGGCCAGGAAGGUUGCUGAGCUGGUUAAGCAGGCGGGGAGCUCAUAG